GCUGGCAGACAGGGCGAACGAGUUGUCUUGCAGCUUGCAUGUCAGAAUACAGUUCGAGGUGUAUUGGGUUCACCGGUUUCUCUCAAACCAUUCCAUUCCCACCCCACACGAAAACCAACCUACACAACCCGAAGAGCUCACCGCUGGCGUUCUUUUUCUUUUCUUCUUCUUUUUCCUUCUUGUUCUCUUCCUUGAAAGGGACGAGAUCAUCUUCUUCCAGGGCUUUUCAGCCGAUUGAUAUCAUCACAGUUUUCUCGCGCUGCGUUGGAAGGCACGAGUAUAACUGUGAGUUUUUAUUCUUGUUUUUAAAACUUAAUACCACGUCGUAGCUACGCCACAACUGCGAAAAAAGAAGGGAAGGCUCCCGCGGGAAACGACGUUGAAGGCAAACAGGUUUUUAAGAAUCGCAGAGAAAAGCUACAGGGCAGCACUGUUUUUUCCUUUGUAUCUGUAUAGCUGUUCUUAGAUAAGCUGCUGCUCACUCAGACACAUUCUCUUCUUUCUGCUGUUUUGACCACUGCCUCCGCGCACGCGCACGCCGUUCCAGCAGUCUCUGGGGCGAACGAUAUAGCUGCUUCAUCCGUCUCAACGCAAACGGUGUGUGUGUGUGCGUGUGUGUGUUAGAAUUCUAUUCUUCCAAAAGAGUAAAAGAACCGCGAACAGGCAUGAGCACCGCACCAGCAACGCCACCGCGUGGCACGCAAUUCAGCAGCGCUGCCUUGUACGCGUUCCCCUCCUCGCCUGUGCCUCGCAGGCCGGGCGGCACCCCGACCUCCUCCUUCGCCUCGCCCAGCCUGCGCGGCACCUCCUCCCCGCUGAGUCGCCGGUGCACGCCGCAGCUGCCGCCACCGCCGCGCUCGUUGCAGCCGUCGAUGGACCGCUACGUCUCGGCCCCUUCGCGUCAGAACACCUCCAUGGCUCACUUCCUGCUCACCUCGACGGAGCAGAAGACACCGAUGCUGAUCCGAGCCGCCCAGCAGCACCAACUCGCCCUGCGCAGCCCGUCUCGUGAGCCGUUGGUGACAGACACAUCCUUCGACGACGCCUACGCGUCGCCUACGCGAUACGCCGUCGACCUCGGCGCCUCCAGCGGAGGUGGGGCAGCGGCGUCACCACGGCCGCACAGCAGUCUGCCGCGGGCCGGCAGCGCUCGCCUCAGCAGCGUCUUUGCGAAAAUGCACCUGGACCCGUCGGUGCGGAGCAGCAGAGAUCGCAGCGCGAGUGCCGCCUCCGUGGCCGGAGAGGCAGCGGUGCUGGGAGGACUGGGUGGCGGCAGCGGCGAUGACGACGCCAGCAGCCCGCCACCGUUUUCGUUCGUCUCCUCGCCGAUGGACCUCGAGCCCUACACCUCGAAGCUCGCCCGGACUCUCUUCAACGACAUGCCGCAGACAACGGUGCUGAGUGUGAACGACACGUCUACGCGGCCCACGGUGGCUCCGCCGCCGCCGCCUCCUCCAACCACUACUGCUGCAGCGGCGUCGGCUGCGACGACGGCAUCGGCGGCUGCGUUCUCCGCGUCCUCGACGCUGCGCUCGUCCGUGCGAACCCCCGCAACACCGAUGUCACCUGACGUGUCCGAUCCGACCGUCCACUUUGCGUCUGCCCGUAGUGACGACAGCGAUGUCCAUUGCAACGAGGAGGAAGCGGACAACGAUGAGGAUGGCUACUGCUACGGCCGGCAGCACAAUGAGAAUUACGGAAGCGAGGAAGAGGGCGGCGACGCGGCUCGCAGGCGGGCAAGUACGGCAAACGAAGAAGGGGAGGCGGACGUGUGCGACGCGGAGAACCGCUGCCGUCGCGGUGCCGCUCUUGGAGGCGGGGGCGGGCUCUUCGGUCUCGGCCGGAUCCCGCUAGCGAGCUCCGAUGUUAAUUUGGGCGGCAUGUCGGAGGGGGAGCGGUACGACGCCUCCCUCGGGGUCGUGUUCGAGUGCAAUCGCGCCCGCAACUUCACCUCCCCCUCCUUCCGCGUCAUCCCCAACACGCCGGAGCGCAUCUUAGACGCGGCGGACAUGGAGGACGACUUCUACAUGAAUCUAAUCGACUGGUCCGUCGCCUCGGAUGUGCUUUGUGUAGCGCUGCAGAGCUGCGUGUACCUGUGGGACGCCAAGACGUGUGGCAUCACGGAGCUGCCGCGUGCGCCGGCGUCUGCGUUUGGCGACUCCCGUUCCCCGAGUGCGCAGCUGGUCUGCGGGUUGAACUGGGCACCAAGUGGGUAUCACCUGGCGGUCGGCCGCAACAGCGGAGUGGUGGAGGUGUGGGACGUGGAGGCGCAGAAGAUGGUGCACUCCUAUCGGCAGCACACCGAUCGCACCGUGUCGCUCUCGUGGGAGCCGCAGGGAGGUACUUUGCUCGCCUCGGGCAGCCGGGACAGCACCGUUGUCUUGCGAGACGUGCGCGAGCGGGAUACGUCGUCGUCGUCGUCGUCGUCGCCCUACGCCUCCACCUCCUCGCUGGCGUCUGCUACCUCCGUCCUGCAAGGGCACGAGACGGAGGUGUGCGGCCUGAAGUGGUCCCCCACCGGUGCGAUGCUCGCGAGCGGUGGCAACGAUAACCAACUCCUCGUGUGGGACCGCCGCAAGCUGGCAACAGGGGGAGGUGGUGGUCGGUCUGAGGUGAGCAGCAGCAGUAACGGCGGCGGCGGCAGCGGCGCCGCCUCCUCCACCCCCUACCCCCUCGCCAACUCCCCCCAGCCUCUUUUCUACCUAAACAAGCACACCGCGGCGGUGAAGGCGCUAAGCUGGAACCCGUCGCAGCCGGCUCUCCUCGUCAGCGGGGGCGGCUCCCACGACAAGUCGCUCCGCUUCUGGAGCACCCUUACUGGGGAGUGCGUCCAUCACAUCAACACGGGCAGCCAGGUGUGUGGCGUCGUGUGGAACCGAACAGGGACCGAGCUGGUCACCGCACAUGGCUACACCGAUAAUCAGCUCAGCAUCUGGCGCUAUCCCUCGCUGCGCCGAAUCGCGAACUUGAUUGGGCACACCUCCCGCGUGCUGCACCUCGCCCUCUCGGCGGAUGGGGAGACGGUGGUGUCCGCGGCGGCGGACGAGACGCUGCGCUUCUGGCGCUGCUUCCCGCCGAGCGAGCUGCGGGAGUCGUCACCGCAUUUGUAUCGGAGCUUCUACAGUCCCUCCAGCGCCUCUUCGGUGGGCGCGUCACCCUUUGCGGGUGGUGGCAAUCCGGCUGUCGGCGGCUCUGCCACACGAACGCGUGCAGGAGCCAUCGCGGCGGGGCGCUGCCGAAGUGCGUCCGAGGACCGUGACGGGCUGUCGUUUAUGAGCGAGGAGGUAGAACUGCGAUAG